AUGUCAACCGCUGACUUCCUCACGACAGAAAACAAAUAAGAUAGUAAAGAAAUAAUUAAAUAACAAUAUUCUAAACAAUCAACAACUUGGAUACACUGAGCCGAGUUCGUUCCCAUUAUGAACGUACAAAUGCAGUACAGAGAACGGCUGAUAUCCCCGUACAGCGACCAGUGAGGGUUCGAAUAUUUGCGCAUAUGAUACACCUGUAGGUGGCUGCAUUUUCCUACCACUACCGAAGUGUAUACAAUAUGAGGAUUCACGCAGAGGGAAAGUCAAACCCAUCAUUGAGAAUAGUUCUCAAUCCUCGAACGAUGUGGGAUAAGCGAAAUCGAAACGGUAAAAGGAGAGGGAAGGUGGCGCGUCGCCGAAGAGAUUUCCAAUUGAAUACUCAUUGCACGAUGUGAAACCGCGCGAGUUCCACUCGUUUGGUGUACAAAUUUUGGCUUUUCUCUUCACACCAGUAAACAAUUGUCCGAAGAUUGUGAGAGAGAUCAAUAACAAACGAUCCGCUUUCAGUGACGAUUACUAGCAUUUCGAAAUGAAUAAUAUGGAAAGUAAAAAAAGUUGGAAGAAAUUUUCAAACAAGAGUCAGUGUACCUCCCCUAGACUAGGGAAAGAACAGCGAACUGCCUCUCCCGUCGGUGAUGCCGGCAAGAACCAGACACCCCCGACACUUCUUUCAAGUUUAAGAAGCGUCCUAUUCGUCAUCGGAACUGUCCUAGUUGGGUUCGCAGCUGUAUGCAACUCUCUCACGUGGCAUUUACAGAGGUUUUGGGGGGCUUCGGGUGAUUUCUGGCAGGCGAAAUGGGAGAAAAUUUUGGAUACCAUCGGAGAGGAUCCAGUUCACUUGUGGGUCUAUGGGUCCAUGGGCCUUACUUUGGUGGUGUACUGGAUAUUCGGUGGGAUCUAUACGCUCUUAGAUUUGACUAAUCGUCCAGCUGCUUUGCGCCGUUACAAAAUACAACCGGGCACCAACGAGCCAGUAGAUACUAGAGAGCUUUGCAAAGUCAUAGCUCAAGUGUUAUUCAACCAGAUAGUGGUUGGUUUACCAUUUGUAUAUUUAACUUUCAAGCUAACGGAAUGGCGAGGAUUUCCGCCCAUGAGAGAAUUGCCCACUUUUCAUUGGGUAUUAGCGGAAAUUGCUAUACACAUUUUGUGCGAAGAAAUUGGAUUCUAUUAUUCACACAGAUUACUCCAUAGCCGGUACUUGUACAAACAUAUUCAUAAACAACAUCAUCAGUGGACAGCUCCCAUAGCGGUCACGGCUCUGUACUGUCAUCCACUCGAACAUAUCGGAUCGAAUCUGAUUCCACCAUUUCUUGGGGUCUUCAUUGUCGGCUCACACGUCGCUACCGCUUGGCUAUGGUUUUCAUUAGCUAUUUUAUCCACUCUGAAUGCACACUCUGGUUACCAUUUACCAUUCUUUCCAUCGCCGGAAGCUCACGAUUUUCAUCACUUGAAAUUCAACCAGUGCUUUGGUGUUCUUGGAGUACUGGAUCGCUUGCACGGCACUGAUACCCAAUUCCGUAACUCCAGAGCCUAUGCUCGGCAUAUAAUGAUGCUUAGUCUGAUUCCACCGCGAGAGGCCUUCCCUGAUGAAGUCAAGUACAAAUCCAAGUAAGUCAUACGAUGAGCUGUUUCAUCUAUGGCAUUUUAUGAAACAAAGCCCCGUCGAAUGUUUUCUUAAUUUAUAAGAUGCUGAAAUACCCUGUUCAAAAAUUUGUCAAAGUUUUAUGACAGCUGAAACAAAGUAGCUCCGGUGUCUACAUUAAUGACAAUCGCUUCAUGUAUCUGGAGUGCACGCAAAUACGUUUUACCAUCAGGAGAGUUCGUAAAAUUUCGGAUGAUUUCUAGUUGGGUAAUUUAUUUUAUGUAUCAAUGGCAAUGGGCUAUUAUUAUAUCAUUAUUAGUACGAUAAUUUUACGUAUUAUGAUUCAAAGAGGGGUGAUGUGGAAUAUAGUAUACUUCUAAUAAUCGGAACAUAUGUUUGUAUAAGAGUGUGAAGCACAUGUGAUAUACCUACAUAGAUACAUAUAAAUAUUUUUUACGUAUACUUUGAGGACUUGGGGUCAAACUAUACGUCGUAGCAUUCAAUAUACAUAUACUUUAGAGACCGAUCUCAGAGUAUCUACGUGUUUAACGCAUAGUUUGAGGACUGUUAGUUUUUUGGUACGGUUUUGGGGCCCUGAGUAUAUUUCUAAAAACUCACAACUAGGUGGUGGUCGUCUAGCAAAAAGAUGCUUUUAGCCGAAAUGUGAUCGGCGCGAUGCUCACCCCUAGUCAGCCAUGGGGUAAAACAAGUUCGGCCAAGAUCGUAACUAGGCGCCCAAAUAGGAGGUGAACCGGAAACUAUACAUGCCGCUGAAUUGAUAGCAUUUGCUAUAAGUGUAUUCAUUUUUACCACGAUUUAAUAAUAGAUUAUUAGUACGAAAGUAUUUUUGGCGUCGGUGAAUUUAGCCCAAUAAGAGACAGGUACUAUACCGAGGACACAAAAUAGAGUAAAAGAAAACUUGAAAUAAUAUGUUAUUGCACAAGAACAUGCUAUUAACCAAUGUCGCGACAAGUGUUGAUCAGUUUUGUUUUUUAUUACGGGUAAUAAAAAAUGAAUACUUGCGUAUAACUUUAAUCAAAUAAACAAAAAAAAAAAAAAGAAAAUCAUUUACAAAAAUUUAGUGUGAAUGAAAUGUUCAUCGUGACAAGCAAUACGGAAUUUGGACGUAAUCCCUAAAUAAUCACGCUAUGGUGUUAUGCUUGAAAGAUAAUCAUUGCUUAUGUUGCCAUUCAAUCCGUAUCGAUGUUUCUUGGAAAGAAAUGGAGAACCAAUUUUUAAAAAUUACAGUUGUGAAAACCAGAUUUUUAAAUUUCGCUCACAGUUCUGUUGUAUAGUAUUUAACUGUUAUUACAUUAUUUGCUUUUGAUAAUAAACGAGAAUUCAUCACUGAUAAUGAAUCAUCAGAAUUGAUGAGCGGAUGUUACACCCACUAUUUUUAUAUUGAUAUGUUUUUCUUUGGAACACUGAUCACAACCUAGUUUACAACAUAAAUCUAUUGAAUAAAUAGUGAUUAGAUUUUUAACGAAAUAAAAGAUUUUCUUUGACCUGAAAUAGGGGCAGAAACAUUGCAGGGGUUUUUUGAAUUUGAUGGUUUGUUCAAUUUAGCUACGGAAAUUACAGUAUAGAAAUGAUUGAUAUAUCGGCGUCAUUGUAUUUAUGUAUCUAUCUAAGAAUAUUAGUGAAUAAAAUCUUUGAAAGCUA